CGCUCUUUGAUGUCAGAGCGAAUAAAUACAGAGGGAGUUAUCUCCAAAUUCAUCCGAAUUAAAAAAAUUGCAUCGAAGAGCUAACAUUCUCCUACUACAGUUUAAGCCGCAAGGUCAUCGCAAGAAUGAAGUAUUUCCUCGUCAUUGCAUUGUUGGUCGUUCUUUCCUUUGUGGUUAUUGACGGCAAAGAUGUAGCCAAAGCAAACAAGCGGAGAUUUAGAGGAACUGUUUAUCCCAAGAGGUUUGACAGGAUCAAGCUUUUUGGUGAAUGGAGGAACUGUGACCACUACCAUAAAAUCGACCAAGCUGGAAAUGGCUGUGGUUGCGUAUUCAUUGGUUGCACCGGAAGUCGUGACUGCGUAUCGCCAAACAUGGUGUGCGGGCUCACUCACAGUGAAGUCAGAAAUGACGACAUCAAAGAAGGCGAUUGCAAAUGUCAAUGGCUCGAUAAAGAGAAUGGAACACCAAGUGUCACAUCUAGAUAAUCAUCUGAAAUAAAAGCUACUGUACAAAUCAA